AUGCAGCCGUUCAAGAUAUUUAUAAUCCACAGACUCUCCACAGACUCACCACAGACUCUCCACAGACUCACCACAGACUCACCACAGACUCACCACAGACUCUCCACAGACUCACCACAGACUCUCCACAGACUCACCACAGACUCUCCACAGACUCACCACAGACUCUCCACAGACUCUCCACAGACUCACCACAGACUCUCCACAGACUCUCCACAGACUCACCACAGACUCACCACAGACUCACCACAGACUCACCACAGACUCUCCACAGACUCACCACAGACUCUCCACAGACUCUCCACAGACUCACCACAGACUCUCCACAGACUCACCACAGACUCACCACAGACUCACCACAGACUCACCACAGACUCUCCACAGACUCUCCACAGACUCACCACAGACUCUCCACAGACUCACCACAGACUCUCCACAGACUCACCACAGACUCUCCACAGACUCUCCACAGACUCUCCACAGACUCUCCACAGACUCACCACAGACUCUCCACAGACUCUCCACAGACUCACCACAGACUCUCCACAGACUCACCACAGACUCACCACAGACUCUCCACAGACUCACCACAGACUCACCACAGACUCUCCACAGACUCACCACAGACUCUCCACAGACUCACCACAGACUCACCACAGACUCACCACAGACUCACCACAGACUCACCACAGACUCUCCACAGACUCACCACAGACUCACCACAGACUCACCACAGACUCUCCACAGACUCACCACAGACUCUCCACAGACUCACCACAGACUCACCACAGACUCUCCACAGACUCACCACAGACUCUCCACAGACUCACCACAGACUCACCACAGACUCUCCACAGACUCACCACAGACUCUCCACAGACUCACCACAGACUCACCACAGACUCACCACAGACUCUCCACAGACUCACCACAGACUCUCCACAGACUCUCCACAGACUCACCGCAGACUCUCCACAGACUCUCCACAGACUCUCCACAGACUCACCACAGACUCACCACAGACUCACCACAGACUCUCCACAGACUCACCACAGACUCUCCACAGACUCACCACAGACUCACCACAGACUCUCCACAGACUCACCACAGACUCACCACAGACUCACCACAGACUCUCCACAGACUCACCACAGACUCACCACAGACUCUCCACAGACUCUCCACAGACUCUCCACAGACUCUCCACAGACUCACCACAGACUCACCACAGACUCUCCAGACUCACCACAGACUCUCCACAGACUCACCACAGACUCUCCACAGACUCUCCACAGACUCACCACAGACUCACCACAAACUCUCCACAGACUCACCACAGACUCACCACAGACUCUCCACAGACUCACCACAGACUCACCACAGACUCACCACAGACUCACCACAGACUCACCACAGACUCACCACAGACUCUCCACAGACUCUCCACAGACUCUCCACAGACUCUCCACAGACUCACCGCAGACUCACCGCAGACUCUCCGCAGACUCUCCGCAGACUCACCGCAGACUCUCCACAGACUCACCACAGACUCUCCACAGACUCACCACAGACUCACCACAGACUCUCCACAGACUCUCCACAGACUCACCGCAGACUCACCGCAGACUCACCGCAGACUCACCGCAGACUCACCGCAGACUCACCGCAGACUCUCCACAGACUCUCCACAGACUCUCCACAGACUCUCCACACUCACCACAGACUCACCACAGACUCUCCACAGACUCACCGCAGACUCACCGCAGACUCACCGCAGACUCACCGCAGACUCACCGCAGACUCACCGCAGACUCACCGCAGACUCACCACAGACUCUCCACAGACUCUCCACAGACUCACCACAGACUCACCACAGACUCACCACAGACUCACCACAGACUCACCGCAGACUCACCGCAGACUCACCGCAGACUCACCACAGACUCACCACAGACUCACCACAGACUCACCACAGACUCUCCACAGACUCACCACAGACUCACCGCAGACUCACCGCAGACUCACCGCAGACUCACCGCAGACUCACCGCAGACUCACCGCAGACUCACCGCAGACUCACCGCAGACUCACCGCAGACUCACCGCAGACUCACCGCAGACUCACCGCAGACUCACCGCAGACUCACCGCAGACUCACCGCAGACUCACCACAGACUCUCCACAGACUCUCCACAGACUCACCACAGACUCACCACAGACUCACCACAGACUCACCGCAGACUCACCGCAGACUCACCGCAGACUCACCGCAGACUCACCACAGACUCACCACAGACUCACCACAGACUCACCACAGACUCUCCACAGACUCACCGCAGACUCACCGCAGACUCACCGCAGACUCACCGCAGACUCACCGCAGACUCACCGCAGACUCACCGCAGACUCACCGCAGACUCACCGCAGACUCUCCGCAGACUCUCCGCAGACUCACCGCAGACUCUCCACAGACUCACCGCAGACUCUCCACAGACUCACCGCAGACUCACCGCAGACUCACCGCAGACUCACCGCAGACUCACCACAGACUCUCCACAGACUCUCCACAGACUCUCCACAGACUCACCACAGACUCUCCACAGACUCUCCACAGACUCACCGCAGACUCUCCACAGACUCACCGCAGACUCUCCACAGACUCACCACAGACUCUCCACAGACUCACCACAGACUCACCACAGACUCACCACAGACUCACCACAGACUCACCACAGACUCACCACAGACUCACCACAGACUCUCCACAGACUCACCACAGACUCACCACAGACUCUCCGCAGACUCACCGCAGACUCACCACAGACUCACCACAGACUCACCACAGACUCACCGCAGACUCACCGCAGACUCACCGCAGACUCACCACAGACUCUCCACAGACUCACCACAGACUCACCGCAGACUCACCACAGACUCACCACAGACUCACCACAGACUCACCGCAGACUCACCGCAGACUCACCGCAGACUCACCACAGACUCACCACAGACUCACCACAGACUCACCACAGACUCACCGCAGACUCACCGCAGACUCACCGCAGACUCACCGCAGACUCUCCACAGACUCACCGCAGACUCUCCACAGACUCACCACAGACUCUCCACAGACUCACCACAGACUCACCACAGACUCUCCGCAGACUCACCGCAGACUCACCGCAGACUCACCGCAGACUCACCGCAGACUCACCGCAGACUCACCGCAGACUCACCACAGACUCUCCACAGACUCUCCACAGACUCUCCACAGACUCACCACAGACUCACCACAGACUCUCCACAGACUCACCACAGACUCUCCACAGACUCACCACAGACUCACCACAGACUCACCACAGACUCUCCACAGACUCUCCAUAGACCUGACUUUACUCAAUCAUUCUAUAUCAUGGCUGCAGACUGA